AUUAACUGACUGUCAACAUCGUUAUUUUGAAAAUGGAAAGACGUAACCGAAAAAAAAGGAGAAAAUUGUGAAUUGAUUUUGUGGUAAAAAAUGGCAUGCCCUGGCUCGAGUAAAAUAUGCGCGAAGAUUACAGAAAAUGAAGUCAAAGAAUAUCUUGAGAAUCAUCCAAGAGUAGUUGAGGAAUAUCUCUUGACUUCCGCUUCAGAAUCAUUAAUAGAAAAUGUCCUACGGAAAAAAUUGCUUGCGGAGGCAGGGGAUAAUUACAUAGCAUCUGCAAAAUUUGAGAGUAAAAGCAAACGUCGGAAGACAACAGUUUAUACAGACACCGGAAUUACGGCGAUGAGCAGAAAAAUAAUUGGUUCUAUUAAAGAUGACGAGAUAUAUGAAAGAAUAUACGAAAUGUGUAUGCUGAUUAAAACUUCUAUAGAUGCGGAAUACUUUCAUCUACUUGCAGUUGAAAAUAUUGAGAAUAAUCUAGCAAAGUUUGAGCCGGAAAAGGGGUGUGUACGUUUUGGAAAAAUCGGCGAAAAUCGUAUUGUAGCAUCGUAUGUUGCCACAGAAAAAGUUCCGCUGAAUUUAGAAGAUCUUUGUAAUGACCCCAGAUUUCCAGAUGGUGUUGGCGUUGAUAUUUUCAAGAGAUGUCAUAUAAUGAGUAUUCCGCUAUUUCUUGAAUGUGGAACUCCCUAUGUGGUCGUAGAAUUCAUCAGAAGUCAAGGGUCGUCACCGUUCAGCACUUUUCAUUUUGAACUCGUCAAUGCAAUUAUGACAUGGGUGAUGGCUUGCUUACAAAAGAUGAAAUUAAACAAGUUACUCAAGCUACAAGAUGCAUUAAACAACUUUCUGUUAGAGACGACACGUGUUAUGUUUGAUGAUAUGGAAAAUAUAGACACACUCGUCACUAACAUAAUGACCUUCACCAAAGACCUUGUAACUGCCGACAGAUGUGCUUUGUUCCUGGUUGAUGAAGAAAGACAGGAACUGUUUGCAGAUUACUUUGACGAGGGCAAAAAGAGCGAGACUGGACUUUCCGUGUUUACUAAAAAAUCACAAAUCCGGUUCCCAAAGAAUCGUGGAAUAGCCGGGUAUGUCGCUCAGACAGGCGAGGUAGUAAAUAUAAAAGACGCGUACCAAGAUGAAAGAUUUAAUACUGAGAUAGACAAAAAGACCGGAUACCGUACAAGAAACAUACUUUGUAUGCCAAUCAACGCCAAAAAUGGAGUGAUCGGCGUGGUUCAGAUGAUAAAUAGGAAAAAUGGCGAUUACUUCACAAACGAAGAUGUCAGUGCUUUCAAACUAUUUGCUGUCUACUGUGCCCUUGCAUUACACUAUUCUAGGUUAUAUAACAUGCUUGCCCAUCAACAAAUGAAAUACAAGGUAGCAAUGGAAGUGCUACAUUUCCACCUUUCGUGCAGCGAAGAAGAAGCGCAUUCACUUAUUGUAAAUCCAUAUCUCAAACCGGAUGAAGUGCCCCCAAAUUUCGACAAAUAUAAAUUCUCCUGCUUUGGACAUGAGGAAGUUCUUCCCAAACUUUUUAUCAGAAUGAUGGAGACUACAUUUGGUGAACAUUCGUUUGAUGUUCAAAAACUAUGCCGGUUUGUGUUGACGAUAAGAAAAAACUAUAGGCCAGUGUUGUAUCACAACUGGCAGCAUGGCUUCCACGUUGCACAUUGUAUUUGGAGAAUCAUAGAGUCGUCUGGUUUGAAUUUAACGAGACUGGAAAAAAUGGCGUUGAUUGUUGGCGGUAUUUGUCAUGACGUAGAUCACCGGGGAUAUAACAAUGAUUUCUUUAAGAAGUUGAAUUUACCUCUAGCCAAUUUAUACACGACGUCAGUGAUGGAACAACAUCAUUAUAAACAGACUAUUACCAUUCUACAUUCGGAGGGACAGGAUAUCUUCGCGCACCUAUCAUCAAGUGAACAUAAAGAUGUUCUCGAUUUGAUAAGGAAGUUCAUUAUAGCAACAGAUUUGGCGUUGUAUUUUCCAAACCAGAAGUUCUUGACCGGUUUGAUAGAAAAGAACGAAUUUGACUUCGAGGUUAUGAGUCACCGUGAUGGACUUCUUUCUCUCAUGAUGACCAGUAGUGAUUUAUGUGCCAUUUGCAAACCGUGGGAAACUCAAAAGAAAACUGCAAAGCUGAUAUACGAGGAGUUUUACGUGCAGGGAGAUGAGGAGAAAAAGCGAGGAAUACAACCUAUUCCAAUGAUGGACAGAAUAAAUGAAAAAGAUAUUCCCAAAAUGCAGGUUGGAUUUAUUGGCUUCAUUUGCAAGCCUAUGUACACAACCCUGACUGCCCUAAUCCCGGCCGCCAAGCCUCUUCUAGAUGGAUGUGUUACAUGUAAGGAGAACUGGGAGAAAUGUGCUGCUGAGGCUGCAGCAGCCGAGGCCGAAGCAAUAGCGAAAGAUUAGCCAAUAUUAAACCAACUAAACAAUAACAAAAUCAACAUUUCAAAUAUUGAUAUAAAAAUCAGGAUUGGAAAUAAUUAUAAAUUAUAUAACAGAAUAAAUAUUUUGUUCCGA